GCCCUUUUGUUUUUCUUUCUCCGCCGUUUUUACUACAAAAAUCUUAACAAAACGAAUAAAAACGUUUUGAGUGCAAGAACAGAACUGAGAUUUUCCGACAUCAUUGUCAGCUUAAAAAAAAAAAGUGAAAAGAUAGUUUUUUAUUUGGCUUUUUCUUCUCUUGUUUUUGUUGUUGUUGCUGUUUGGUUGGAAAGAAAAUUUGGGUCUUUUUUUUCUGAGAAAAUGAACAGUGGAAAUUGGUUAAAGUUCAUUUUUGAAUCACAGAGAAGAAGAAAAAAAGAUCAUUCGACUAUACGCUACAAGAGUGACUCAAAGCCUUAUUCCUUCUUAGCUGACGCUAAACGUUUUGAGAACAAAGAAAAGCCUCAGGAUUCCACUGGACUGAAUGCCGUAGGAAUUGUGAAGGAACAUCAGAAUGCAGUCAUGCAUGAUAUAAAGGGCCAUGAUGGGGAUUCUGAUCCCUCAGUAUAUCUAGAGAAUAUAAGAGAUAAAUGGCCAGCAUCAAAACUUGAUUAUUCUAUGACUGUAAUUGACUUUGCCGAUGGUAAUGCAAAGGCAAUCGGAGAUUUUGUGACAUCAAAUUCUCAUUCUAUGAAGAAUAUGGAUUCAUUUCAGGACUCAGUUUUUUAUUUGGACAAAAGUGUGAUGGAAUGUGAGUUGCCUGAAUUGGUAGUUUGCUAUAAAGAGAGUACAUAUCAUGUUGUCAAGGAUAUCUGUGCUGAUGAGGGAGUUCCAACACAGGACAAGUUCUUGUUUGACAGUGGCAUGGAUGAGAAGAGUGAUUGCAACUUUCUGCCGUCUGAAAAGGAUCAAGAUGGUAAGCUGAUGAAGGAAAAAUUGGUGAUUGAUAUGUCCAUGCAAGAUGUUUCCAUGUCUCCAGAAGAAAAUCAUUCUGGCAAGGGUACUGACAAUGAACCUAACAAGCAAAUUCCAAAUCGAUGUGAUUCUAAGGAUUUGAUGCUAAAAAGGGAAAUGAAGGAUGAUGCAAUGAAAAUAAUCACAGAUGACGUCUCCAAAGAGCUGUUUACCCUUGGAGAGUUAUUUUCAGUUAAAGAAUUAAGCACUGUGAACUCCAAAUCUGUGUCUUCCGAUUGCAAAAGUGAUGGAAUCAAACUACAAUCUUUUCAGAACUCAACCGAAAAGGAAGUCAUGGUGGCACCCACUUUGGUUUCUGAAGUUGAAGAAUCAAAAAAUAGCAGUGAGGAGGCAAUUCUAUCUGCUUCUGCAUUGGUCUCAGCAGCUGAAGAAUCAGACAGUGGGAAAGGGGAAGCUACCCAGAUCAGUGCUGCUCAGGCCUCUGCUUCUGAGGAAUCAACCAGCAGCAGCCUUGUCAAUGAGGUAUCUUACGAUGGUAAACUGGAGACAGGUAGCAUCACAUUUGACUUUGAUUCUUCUGCACCAACAAGCAGCAAAGAUGAGUGUCUCCACAAUAUUGACAGGAAACCUCUUGAGACCGGAAGCACAACCAAGCUUGAAGAUACAGUUGAUCAGCCUUUUUCAAACAAUCUUCAAUGUGGAAAUGGAGAGUCCAGUUUCUCUGCCUCGGGGCCUGUAACAGGUCUGAUAAGUUACUCUGGGCCCAUAGCAUAUUCUGGCAGUCUUUCUCUUAGAUCAGAUAGCAGCACAACGAGCACUCGUUCCUUUGCCUUCCCUAUAUUGCAGUCUGAAUGGAAUAGUAGUCCGAUAAGAAUGGCAAAAGCUGACCGGAGACAUUACUGGAAGCCUAGGUGUUGGAGGCAGGCCCUCCUUUGCUGUAGAUUCUGAAAAGUUCUAUUCAAUCCAUUGGUUAUACAAAUUUAU